AUGGCCGACCAUCUAGAGAUUCUUUCUGCAGCUCGUGAGGGCGAACUUGCACCUAUUGAGGAGUUUUUCAAGCAGGAAAAUGCUACGGAACUUUUCAAGAGUAUCAAAAACGAAUACUCGCUGGCAACCCCCCUUCACAUGGCAGCAGCCAACGCGCACGUUGAUGUGUUGAAGUACAUCUUGCAUCAUUUGGACGAAAAUGAGCGGGCAAACAUUGUCAAUCAAAAAAAUGACUCCGGGAACACUGCAUUGCACUGGGCAGCUCUCACUGGUAGCUUGGAGUCCGCCCAGCUGCUGGUAGGAGCCGGGGCCGAUGCGAAAAUCAAGAACCAAGCAGGUUUUGAUUCUAUUUAUCAAGCAGAAGUUGCCGAAAAUGAAGCACUUGUGGAGUACUUUCUCAAGACAGUUGAUUUCGAGGAUGAAGAAGAAGAGACUAUCAGUGCCGGUAUCCCUGAGGAGGAGACCAAAGAGAAGGACGUUUAA